CUGGUGUGGAGCCCACAACAUGUGCACCCAUAAGAUUCAACAAUCCGCAUCACGAUGCCGAGUGACAGCAGUGCUUCUGGGCAGAGGAAAGCAUGCACAUCCUGUCGCGCGCUCAAGACGCGUUGUUUGCCCUCCAGCGGUCCGGAGGCGCCGUGCCUCCGUUGCGUGGGGCUAGGUCAUGAAUGCGUGUACAGCGCACUGAAGAGAGGUCCCCCAAAAGGCCGGAAGCGCGUUCCGCGGCUGGACAGACCGCGCAGCAUACAGCCAAGCGCCGCGACGUGUACAAGCGAGGGCGUGCUCCCCACAGGGCGCGCGGCUGUCGACGACUCUCCGCCGCCCUCGUUUGCACAGGUUCUCUCGGCGGCAUACUCGCCCGUUGCUUCCACUUCCACACUGCGACCAACGACCCAACCGCCCAUCGCUUCCUUCUUCCCGAACGAGCUAGCCGCCGCGCCGUUGCGAGUAACCCUCGAGAGCUACUUCGAACCGGAUGCCGCGCUCGACCCUACACCGCCGGCUGCAGCGUCAUGGCUGGUGUACACGGAUCCCGUCGCCGUGGGACUCAUCUCGGAGCCUGAAGCCCAGUACCUCUUCAGAGAGUUUAUGGAGCGCGUCGCGCCGUUUGGGCACAUCUUUGACCCCCUUUACCACACCUACGAGCGCGUGCGAGCCUCCCCGACACUGUUUGCGGCAGUAAUUGCUGCUUCAGCCCGAUUCUUCCACCCCAGUCUAGCAGAAAUUACGCUCGACCUCGCGGAGACAAAUAUCGGACGCGCACUGCGCCGCGACGAUAUCGGCAUCCCCCUUGUUCAAGCGCUGAUGGUUCUGGUGUACUGGAAGUCAAUAGCAGAUCGCUCCGCAUACCACAAGAUCGGGCUGGCAAUACGCCUGCUCGCGCAGCUUCGCAUCUCAUGGGACACCGACCGAGAGUUUACCAGCAUCGAAGCAGAGCGUGCACAAGUGGACGCAGAACGCACGAUGUCCAUCGCAUCCACCACCGAGUUCUCCUACAGCAUUCUCCUGCGCCUCCCUUCACACAGUAUCUCGGUUCCGGGCCACAGCGAGAUGAUGCGUUGGGCACAGCGUCACGCACACCUCGGCGUCCCAGGCGACAUGUUCAAGGCGUUCCUGGCGGAGUUGUGGAGUUUCCACUUCAGCGAACGUGGUGACCUGUGGUUCCGAUCGGCUGCAGAGUGGGAGGAGCGGCAGGCCGCGUGGGGCGCGGUCGUUAACAAGUGGCUGCAGAGUGGGCACAUCCCGAGGGAGUAUCGAGGGAACGCCGAGAUGCUUGCGCAAGCUGGCACGAUCAGCCGUGCGUUUUUGGGCCUUAAGCUCGGCUUUGGUACCGCGUCCGCGGUCCUCGACAUCGCCGAGCCCUUUGCCGACCGGCUCAAAGAGAUGCUCCGGCUCGGCGAACUUCUGUUUUACCCGGAAUACGCUCUGAGCGGUGUCAUGCUCCCCGCUGUGCUUGUCUAUCACGUAAGCUGCCAGCUCUUCCUGCGACGGCUGAACUUUCGCUGACGAUGGUCCCGUGCCGUCUUCUCGCCAGCGGAGCUCAGGCGCGCGCGCCAAAUGGUCGGGGAGCUGCGCGCCGCAUUCGACGACCUUCCGGAACGAGCGACACAUGAUCAUGCCCUCCG